UAAAUGAAGACCGUAAGCAAGGACAGUUUUAUAUUUUGAAAAAUGGCUUAUCUUAUCAGGAGAAAGAUACUUUGGACACUCCAAUACCAAAAUAUUCUCAGACUUUCCUUACAGGGACCAAAAAAACUUGGAAAUGGCACAGGAUUACUUCAAUAUUCCAAUCUGAAUGACAUUACUAAAGCAAUGUUUGCAACUUCAUCAAGAACAUUCUCAAAUGUGAUUUCUAAAAUUAACAAAGACAAAAAACUGAAACUUUUAGAUGAAAAAGAUGAAGUUAUCAAACAUGAAGUAACACAUGAGGAAGCAGACAUAGAGGCAAAACACAGGAACUUGAAGAUGACCAUCUUAAAAGACCCGAAGACUAGUGAUAUGAUGGCCUUUAAAUUAAUAACAAUGGAAGAGUAUAAAGACUAUAAACUUGCUCAGCAGGGCAGGUUAAAGGUCAAAAGUCCCAAAAACUUUAAAAUAACCACCACUGCCUCUGAUUAUGACAGUGGUAUAAUGAUAAGAAAAAUUGAAAAUGUGUUGAUGAAAGGUCACCCAGUUAUAUUGAUGGUCACAAGCAAGUCAGAAGCAUAUCAGGAUAAGGAGCAGGAACUUCAUGCACGUACAAAGAAAACUGAAAAAUUGAUUGACUUCUUUGAGAGCAAGGGAUAUGUAGCCAAACAAGACCAUAAAUUUUAUAUUCAUAUCAAACAGAAAAAAUAGUACAUGUAUAUUAUUAUAAUGUUUA